GCCUAUUUGUUCGGCUUUAUAAAAACCCUUGACUGCCGUGCCGUUGUGGAAACGUUUCUGGCUACACCGUAGCCUACGUCCGAUGAGUUGAAACAGAAGUAAACAAGACUUGUCACGUAGGCGCUGCUGCUGCUGCUGCUCUGUGUGUUUACUGUCCAAGAAUCAUUUCAUUGCAUGUAGCGAAUUAGAGGUGCUUUUAUUAUAUGUGCAUUUGGUAUAAACAUAACCAGUCCUAUACAUGUGCGUAGUAAGACCCUAUUCCGCUUUUUACGCAAAUGGGCGAUGUGUGUUGAACAUGUUGGCUAGGCUGUAGCCCGUGUUUUGUAACAUCAUUGGCUGUUAAAUGAAUGAAAGGCCAAUUGUGGCUAUUGGAACGGCUGUCAGACUCUCUCGUGGUGGUUUGUACAGUAAUACGCGUCAUUGGCGUGGACGUAUUGGAAUCAUUGUUGUCGAUAAGUUACUCUAGCUGUUUGUUAGGGCUGCUGUGGUCUGCAACAUGCCUCCCUGCUAUAAUACAGUAGCCUAUCAGUGAGUGUCUGUCUAUGUCAAUGAUGUGAGUUAACAACAUUAACGACAUUACGCAGGACCUUAUUACAGGGCUAUAAUGCAUUAGGAAAGCAUAGAUAUCGUUUCAGGUCGCUGGUGAAUAUGAUCAGAAGUGUUUCCGCUAGACACCAUCUUUGUAAACACAAACCUGAACUUUGCGUUUGAAGGACACAUGGCCAUUGUCAACAGGUUAUUGUCAUCGUGCUGUAAUGAUAAGAGUCUGACACUUGUGUGUUAUGUCCCAGUAAGUUUCCGUUCUGAAGAAGUGUGUUCGGCCUACUUUUUUGUUCCCAGUAGUUGGAGAGGCAAAGAGUCAUGCACAGUCAUGGCUUACGUUCGAUGAUUCAUGUUAAUACAAAUAGGCAAAUCUCUACUCCCUCUAUAACAGGGGUGGGGAAGCUUUUUCAUUCGAAGGGCCACUUCAAAUUGCUUCAAGGGCCGUAGGCCUACUAUGAACACAACCCAGGAUUUCCCCCUGCACUUUAAGGCCUAUAUUAAAGGUAGCCUUUACCUUUACAAUAGACCCCACCUUUUCCAGGUCCCCUUGAUUUAGCUUAAUUGUAUUGCAAAUGGAAUUUCUAAGAUUCCUUUACAAAAUAAAAUGUCUUCAAGGGCCACAAAUGGCCCUCGAGACAUGGCUUCACCACCUUCACCACCCUUGCUCUAUAAGGACGAAUGAAGCCAUAGCUCUUCUAGGGUUUGGAUUUCUUUCCCAGAAUGACUUUGGGGCAUCUCCCACAUGCAUACCAUGAUGGGGAAGAUUUUUAUUCAUUCAGCAUGAUAUGUUUUGACCCAUGCUAUUACUGCAGCCAGUUAUUGUGUUCUGAUGCCCUAGCCUACAUCACACAAUAUGGGUUUACCGUUUGUAAAUCCCUGGCUGCGCACUGUUCAACCUGAUGGUUGGGAACUGCUGUCGGUCAAAAAAAGAGCUCACGUGGUGGGCUGCUCAGCAUCUUUCCCCUCCAAACAACAUGAAUGUUUGUAAAUAAAACGAAAACCCCAUGUAUAGGGCCUACAAUACAAGUGGCAUUGCACAACUCUUAAUAACAACACCGAUCAGAUCAGUUCAGAGGCCUGGCCUAUAUAGCUAAACCACAGAGAAUAGAGUCUGCCUUUUGUUCGCUUAACACACAUUGUCUGACAGUGUGUGCAUUCCAAUAUGUAGACUUGCGUCCUCCACUUGUGGCCUCGUGCCAGGAAGUAAUACAUUGUGAUGACAUCACUGACAGCAUUAUAUUUCAUUAUCUUGCAAAAUCUCAAUGGUAAAGUCAUUUUCUCAUUUGCAAACUGGAUGGUGAAUGAAAAACAGUCCCCCAGGCUGACAGCUGGGAAACUUGUAGGCAGGACCAGGAGGCGGGGUGAGGUCACAAGGACAAGUGGAGAAUGGGAGUCUGCAUAUUUGAAUUCACAUUAUCCACAUUAUCCAACUGGAUGAUGUGUUCACUUCCCAUUACCCUGCAAUUCAGCAAGGGCAUGGCCAGGUGCAACAAUGACUGGACAACUAUAACCACAAACACUAAAAUAAUAAGUCUAAUGUAGACUACAGUUUAUUUUGCUACUCAGUAGCUACGCCAUCUUUUCAAGAUCAAUUAACAAGGGGGUGGGGUUCAACACCUCAAAAGAAGAAUAUGAGUGUGGUAUCAGAAAAGCAUUUGGCCUAUUAGUUUGCAUGUAUUUGGCUAAUUUUGGUUUCUAACUUCAGUCAGCAUCAGUAGGUUAUGUUAAUUUAUCAUUCAACACCCCUAUGUUAGUGCCCCCACCCCCAAAAUGCAUGCCCUUAUUGGCAUAUGCGUGCACUGCAAAGCUACAUUUCCUUUCCCACAGCUCAGCUGUUGCAAGAUGGUAUUUGUUUUCCUUGCUCAAUGCUGCCAUCUGUUGGUCAAAAUGCACAUUGUAGGUCUAUGUGUUUUACGGUAAAUGCAACAAUGUAUCUUUUUUGUAGCAACCUUUCUUUAGCCAGUGUUCCAUGCGCUGUUCGCCACUUUGUUACUCUAGCUGGCUAGUUCAGUCUAGAAUGUAGCAGGCUGUUUCCUGUCCCGAUUGUGCCAGAUGCGUAUUGGUUAAAUUGUCCUUUUCAAAACCGUUUUUAAUAUAAAGAUUUCAACAUGAAACAUAAUGGUGUUUCUUUACACAAAGAUAGUGUCUUGCUAAUGUCAGUAAAAUGGAUUAAGUAAUUUAAUACCCUAUGAAUAAAUGAUUAGCUAUAGUCUACAUAGGUAUCCUAUACUUUGAGUACUUUAUGGAAUUUCGACUUACCGCGCUUUUUAGCAACAUGGUGGUAGAUUCUCUGCCCCAGCUUCCUAUUAAAAUAAUAUGUCAUGCCGCCCUCGCGGCAGUGAGCGUUGAUGCAGAGGACAGUAGCAACACUAUUUAACGUCGAAAAACAGAACCCGGCGUCGUACACGAUGAAUCCGGGUGAGGGCUGCUCCGAGAAACCAGCCAUAUCGUCGACUCCCCGCGAGCUCACACAAAACCCACUGAAGAAAAUUUGGAUGCCUUGCAAAAAUGGUCUACCAGAGAAGCACAUUUUUCAAAGAAAGGUAUGCAUGACCAACUGCCCUACUCUCAUUGUGACCGUGGGUCUCCCUGCCCGGGGGAAAACCUACAUCUCCAAGAAGCUCACACGUUACCUCAACUGGAUCGGCGUCCCCACCAAAGAGUUCAAUGUUGGGCAGUACAGACGCGAUUGUGUGAAAAUCUACAAGUCCUUUGAGUUCUUCAGCCCGGACAAUGAAGAAGGCCUGAAGAUCAGGCAACAAUGUGCAUCAACUGCAUUAAACGAUGUCCGGCAGUACCUGACAGACGAGGGGGGUCAAGUUGCUGUGUUCGACGCCACAAAUACAACCAGGGAGAGGAGGGAGACCAUCACGAUAUUCGCUGAGCAGAAUGGCUUCAAGGUGUUCUUUGUGGAGUCUGUCUGUGAAGACCCUGCCGUUAUCGCCGAAAACAUUGUGCAAGUGAAGUUGGGCAGCCCAGACUACACCCACUGCGACACAGACGAGGCGGUGAACGACUUCAUGAAGAGAAUUAAAUGUUACGAGAACUCUUACCAAACCCUGGAUGAGGUGCUGGACAGGCAGCUGUCGUACAUCAAGAUCAUCGACGUGGGCCGGCGGUACCUGGUGAACCGCGUGCAGGACCACAUCCAGAGCCGCAUCGUCUACUACCUGAUGAACAUCCACAUCACGCCGCGCUCCAUCUACCUGUGCCGGCACGGCGAGAGCGACCUCAACAUCAAGGGCCGCAUCGGCGGAGACUCGGGCUUGUCCCUCAGGGGAAAGGAGUUUGCGAAGACGCUGGGCCAGUUCAUCAAGGAGCAGAAGAUCAGCGACCUGAAGGUGUGGACCAGCCAGAUGAAGAGAACCAUCCAGACUGCAGAGGCCCUCAGUGUCCCCUACGAGCAGUGGAAGGCCCUCAACGAGAUCGAUGCAGGUGUGUGUGAGGAGAUGAUGUACGAGGAGAUCCAGGAGCACUAUCCCCUGGAGUUUGCCUUGCGGGACCAAGACAAAUACAGAUACCGCUACCCUAAAGGAGAGUCGUAUGAGGACCUGGUGCAGCGUCUGGAGCCGGUGAUCAUGGAGCUGGAGCGCCAGGAGAACGUGCUGGUCAUCUGCCACCAGGCCGUCAUGCGCUGCCUGCUGGCCUACUUCCUGGACAAGAGCGCAGAGGAGCUGCCUUACUUGAAGUGUUCCUUGCAUACAGUGCUGAAGCUCACCCCUGUGGCCUAUGGCUGUAAAGUGGAGUCCAUCCACUUGAAUGUGGAUGCAGUGAACACCCACCGAAACAAACCAGAGAAUGUAAAUGUCCACCGCACCACAGAAGAUGCCCUGCAGACUGUACCUGCCCAUCAAUGACCACGCCACAGCAACAUAAGGACAACAGCUGCUCUCCUUUCAUCCUAAUCAUCAUAACUCAAGCCCAGCAAUGUGUAUUGGUUGGUCUCUAAAGCAUUUCUGAUCAAUCAGAUUCUCCUGUAAAACCAGGAAUGAAUGAAUGAAUGAAUGAUCUCCUGGUGGAAUUAGCCAGGUAAAACCAGAUCAUUGUGGAAUGAUGGCACUGCAUUGCAACUAAUUAUCCAGGUUGCCCAUCACCACAGGUUUAAUUUUCAGUGUUAUCUUGUUGCCAUUGCAAAGCAGCAGUGGCUUGUUUUCAUGAAGGAAGAGGUGGAUAUUAAAACACUGGUCUAUGUACAGCGUCUGCAUGGUCAGCUAUAACUCCUUACUGCUGACCGUGUCAUAAUGCCUUUCUGAUCAUGGGAUGUUGAAAUGAAAGUUGAAAUGAAAUUCUCUGUUCCUCAGUGCACUUCUAGUAGAGAUGUAGUCUAGUCUUACCCACUGCCAUGUUACGCUCUUCACAACACUACUCAAUCUUGCCUCUGCGGUGGAUCAGUUCUCUCUGUUUGUUUGAGAGAAAGGGAUACAUGUAUGUGGUUGUUAAAAAAAUACAUUUUAACAUAUUAUGGCUGUACCUCUCAUACAUAUCCUUACGUUGUGUUGGACAAAAUCGACAAGCUCUGCAAUUCAGCAAUAUGUGAAUUAUUUGUAAAUGUUGCCUUUUUCCCUUCGGGAGAAAACAUUUUAACUAUUUAUGUCUGGAUUUAUAUCAGGUGGUUAACAGUCAGUAAACUGCAAAACCACAAUAUAGUUAUUUAUAAAUGUUAUAAUAAAUUUUAAAAUGUUGAAGUCAAAUUGCUUCAUGGUGAGCAUGAAUUUUAUCCGGUAAAUAAUGUGUGUAAAAUCAAAGUGUGUGCAGUGUCUUUGGCUUUGCCAGUCUUCCCCUUUCUUUUCAAGUGUUAUGUCACCUGAAGAUGUUUUGAAAGCUAAGUGCAAACACAUUAAGGUCAUUAUCAUUUCUAUAAAUGGCGAAGACGGGCCCUUAAUGUUCUAUGUCAGAUGCAUACUUUCCACAAUAUCUCCCACUCCCAAUACUUUUAAUUCAGUCUAAAAUACAAUUUGGUAAAUCUAUCGUCCUAGUUGCCUUUGUGUUUCUUGGAGCAUGUAACAAGUUGCAUACCACAUUGAUGUUUGUCUGAUACUCAAACUGGAUGAUUCAUUUUUUUAUUAUUUGGAUUUCUGAACUGUUUUGGAUCUGAAAUUGAUUUAUAAAUACAAAUAUUUUUGUGGUUUAACCUCAACUGAAAUGUUGACGUUUUGUGUUCAGUGUUCAAAUAUCACAGACAAUUAAUAAUAUAUGCUACAAGAGGACAAUGAAAUUCCAAGAAUAUCAGAUUAAUCUUCACAAUUUCAAUACUGCUGUACUGACUCUGAUAUAGUGACAUGAACCCCUUAAUGUUAGCAGUAGUUGGAUCUUCUUAGCUUGAUAGUGGUGACAGUUUCCCAACCUAUUUUGGAACACAUGUGAUAAACCACUUCCUUUUCAACUGUCACAUUCUACUAAAAAUACACUGCUGUUCUCUCAAUCUUAAAGGUGCACUGUAUAGGAUGGUGGCCAGAGUAGGUAUUGCAACUAUGAUUUUUUCAU